AUGACAUCACGAUUUACCCUUCCCGCGCCGCGCGUUGCGAGCUUGCUGCUUGCGGCAGUUCUCCUUCCUGGUGUUCGGGCGGAUUGCUUUGUCGACGCAAGAGGAUUCGAGCGCUGUGAUGGAUUGUCGGUCGGCGCCCGUGUAGGAAUCGCAGUGGGCAUUUUUGCCGCCGUUCUCGCCUUGUCCCUCUACUUCGGGUACCUCCGCCGGCGACGGAUCCAGCAGGCCAACUUGGCGUAUAUCAACCAGCAGCAGUAUAACCAGAACCAGAACUAUCCGCAACAAGGACAGUUCCAGGGCGGAUAUGCUCCCCAGUACCCACCGCAGACCCCGUACGGCCAACAGUCACCUUACCCACAGCACGGGUAUGACAGCGGACAGUCAUACGCUCCUCCUCCUGGCCCACCGCCCCAAGCCCAUGUCACCGGCUCUGCCGCUCCUCCGGACUACUAUGCACCUCCUGCCGGCCCGCCGCCUAACAGCGGCAUGAACAAGGGCCCCAUGUAG